CCGUCCCGUCCGUCCCGGCGCCGCGCGGACAGUGAGGACGAUGGCCGAGACCGAGCGGGAGACGGAGACUCUGUGGCGGCGGCUGCGGGAGGCGACCGGGCGGAGGCUGCGGGCCUUCAACACCAUGCGGGGGAAGGAGGUGAAGCGGGGGGAGUUCUGGGACGUGGUGGUCAUCACGGCUGCCGAUGGGCGUCAGGAGCAUGCGUUCGUGCAGCAGAUUGCCAGCAAGCUGCAGAGGAAGGAGCUACCCUGCGGCAUCCCCUAUCACGUCUUUGCAGAUCCUCCAGGACCCAAAAUAGGAAAUGGCGGCUCCACACUUCAUGCUCUGCUCUGCUUACAAGAACUCUACGGAGACAAGAUGGACAGCUUCAAGGUUCUACUGAUCCACGCUGAUGAAUGGAAGAAGAAGGUGAGUGAAUCGUACGCAGUGUCGGUCGAGAGGCUGCAGGAUGACCAGUGCAUCAAGGACAGCGAGAUGCUGGAACUCAAGCACGUCUUCAGCUCGGACGAAGCCUUCGGUAAAGUCAACAUGAACUAUCGGACCGCCAAUGGGCUGUCGCUCCUGCACCUCUGCUGCAUCUGUAACGGUAACAAAGCCCACGCCAGGACCUUGAUGCUGAAGGGUCUGCGAGCGUCCCGGCUCACCAGGAACGGAUUCACUGCUCUGCACCUUGCUGCCUUCAAGGCGGACGGUGAGCUGGUGACGGGGUUGCUGCACGGAGGGGCCGACAUCCAGCAGGUUGGAUACGGAGCGUUGACCGCCCUGCACAUCGCCGCCAUCGCCGGGCACAGCGAGACGGUGGACAUCUUGCUGCAACACGGGGCGUUUGUCAAUGUCCAGGACGCCGUGUUCUUCACGCCGCUGCACAUCGCCGCCUACUUUGGCCACGAGCUGGUGGGCCGACUGCUGCUGAGGUUCGGGGCGGAUGUGAAUGUCAGUGGGGAGGUCGGUGAUCGGCCACUGCAUCUCGCUUGUGCCAAAGGCUUCCUUGGCAUGGUCACCCUGCUGCUGACCGACGGCAGCGACACUGAUGUCAAUGCCCUGGACAAUGAGGACCACUCCCCCCUACACUUCUGCUGCCGCUUCGGGCACCAGCACCUGGUCACCUACCUGCUGCAGGGGGGGUACGGGGUGAACCCCCACGCCGUCAACAUCUAUGGGGAUACCGCCCUACACCUCGCCUGUUACAACGGCAAGAUGGACGUGGCCAAGGAGCUGAUCCGUCUGUCAGGGACCGAGAGUCUGACCAAGGAGAACAUCUUCAGUGAGACCUCCUUCCACAGCUCAUGUACGUUUGGCAGGAACCUGGAGCUGGUGGAAUUCCUCAUCAACCAGAACAUGAUGAGCAUCAACCACCAGGGCCGUGAUGGUCACACCGGGUUACACAGUGCAUGCUACCAUGGCCACAUGCGUCUGGUGCAGUUCCUGCUGGACAGUGGGGCCGACAUGAACCUGGUGGCCUCUGACCCCAGCCGUUGCAGUGGCGAGAUGGACGAGCAGACCUGUCUCAUGUGGGCGUACGAGCGAGGCCACGACGCCAUCGUGACGUUGCUGAAACAUUACAAACGGCCCCAGGAUGAAUCUUCGUGCAAUGAGUACUCCCAGCCUGGCGGAGACGGUUCCUACGUUUCAGUUCCAUCCCCUCUCGGGAAGAUCAAAAGCAUAACGAAAGAGAAGGCUGACAUUCUGCUCCUGAGGGCUAGUCUCCCCUCCAACUUCCACCUGCAGCUGUCUGACAUCGAGUUCCACGAGAUCAUCGGGUCAGGCUCCUUUGGCAAGGUCUACAGGGGCCGAUGUCGCAACAAGAUCGUGGCCAUUAAAAGGUAUCGAGCAAACACCUUCUGCUCCAAGUCAGACGUGGACAUGUUCUGUCGUGAGGUGUCGAUCCUCUGUCGCCUCAACCACCCGUGUGUGAUCCAGUUUGUGGGAGCUUGCCUCAACGACCCCAGCCAGUUCGCCAUCGUCACUCAGUACAUCUCCGGAGGAUCUCUCUUCUCACUGCUCCACGAACAAAAGAGGAUCAUCGAUCUCCAGUCCAAGUUGAUCAUCGCCAUAGACGUGGCCAAGGGCAUGGAGUACCUGCACAACCUGACCCAGCCAAUCAUACAUCGCGACCUCAACAGCCACAACAUCUUGCUUUACGAGGAUGGACAUGCGGUGGUGGCCGACUUUGGAGGUUUGGACGUUGCGAGGGCAGAAUUAGGCCAUUCGGCCCAUCAAGUCUACUCUGCCAUUCAAUCACGUGAUCCGGCCCCCACACCCUGCGGGCUGGAGAAUGCCAGAACUAAUGCCGACGCAGACUCCAGCUCCCCCGCCUCGCCUCCCCUCUCUCCUCGGUCAUCAGCCUCCUCCACAUCUGGCCGGAACAUCUGCAGCAGCUGCGGGCUGGAGAUCGUGGAUCGCUACUUGUUGAAGGUGAACAAACUAUGUUGGCACGUCCGAUGCCUGGUCUGCAGUGUCUGUGGGACCCCUCUGGGCAGGCACUCCAGCUGCUACAUCAAGGAGCUGGAGAUAUUUUGCAAGAUGGACUAUUUCAGGCGCUACGGGACGCGAUGUGCCCGGUGUGGUCGGCAGGUACAGGCGACAGACUGGAUCCGUAGGGCCAGGGGCAACGUCUACCACCUGGCCUGCUUCGCCUGCUUCUCCUGCAAGAGACAACUGUCCACUGGAGAGGAGUUUGCCCUGGUGGAUGAGAAGGUGGUCUGUCGAGUCCACUACGAUUGCCUGGUGGACAACAUCAACACUGGGCGGGGACUUGGUGAGGAGGGAGUGAUGUCCGUGGAUCAAGAUGCGAGUCAGCCCAGACCAACCAAGCGAGCACGGACCAGCUUCACAGCCGAGCAGCUGCAGGUGAUGCAAGCGCAGUUUACACAGGACAACAACCCUGACGCUCAGACACUUCAAACACUGGCCGAGACCACUGGGCUAAGCCGGCGAGUGAUUCAAGUUUGGUUUCAAAACUGCCGAGCUCGACACAAAAAGCACGUGGGUCCGGGCCAACUGCCCGCCACACCAGCGUCCACUACUCACCUGGAGAACAUGUCACCACACACCAUGGAGCAGGUGGUAUUCACUACAUAUGGGGCACCCGAUGGGCAGAUACUGGCCAGCCUGCACACCUACAUGGACUCCCAGUCUCAGACACUUGGCUUCCCAGAUCACGGCACUCAUUUGAUGACAGAGCUGGCCCCGGGUCACGCCUGAAUCUUCUUGGAUUAACUCUUCAUAUUGGACGAUGAUGGGACCAACCUCCUAGAGUUGGGGAACCUUCCCCACCCUGACUCUUGUAUUUAUUGGUGUUUAAUUGGAGCACUUUGAUUCAUACUUGGUGACACGCGUGCCAAAUGUUUACAAUCCCACCUGUGUGUGAGUGUGUGUGUGUGUGUGAAUUCACACUAGUUUAUAUUGCUAAGUUAUUGUUGAAGAAUGUAUUCCCUGUUUGCAAACCCUGUGUUUUAUGCCAUUGGCUAUUGAAAGGAACUCGUGUGAGGAAUAUUGUCGUAAGUUUCACAUUUUUUCUGUUGGCAUCUUUUGGA